CAAAUAGAUACUUAUGGAGUACUCCGAUUUCUCUCUCUAGUGUUUUUAUUCUUUAUUUUUUGUGAUGGCAGCUAGCUCUGAGGGUAAUAACCUCAAAGAUAAUUAUCAUCUAAUACGGCAGCACAGUUUAUAUCGGGGCAAUCUUCUGUAAUUCAGAAUGGCAAGAGAGAAGAUAAAGAUAAAGAAGAUAGAUAAUAUAACAGCAAGGCAAGUUACAUUCUCAAAGAGGAGGAGGGGUCUUUUUAAGAAAGCUGAGGAGCUUUCUGUUCUUUGUGAUGCUGAUGUUGCUCUCAUCAUUUUCUCUGCUACUGGCAAGCUCUUUGAGUUUGCUAGCUCCAGCAUGAAUGAUAUCCUUGGAAAAUAUAAGUUGCACUCAGCUGGCCUUGAGAAAGUUGAGCAACCUUCCCUCGACUUACAGCUAGAGAAUAGCAUCAACACGAGAUUAAGCAAGGAGGUAGCUGACAAAACUCGGGAGAUGAGGCAGAUAAGAGGUGAGGAACUUGAAGGAUUGAGCUUAGAAGAAUUACAACAAAUUGAGAAAAGACUUGAAGCUGGACUCAACCGUGUGCUUGAGAUUAAGGGUACAAGAAUUAUGGAUGAAAUUACCAACCUUCAAAGAAAGGGUGCUGAGCUGAUGGAAGAAAACAAACAAUUGAAAGAGAAAAUGGCAAUUAUGAAUGAAGGAAAGUUGCCCUUACUCACAGAAAUGGAUUGCAUGGUGAUGGAAGAAGGCCAAUCUUCUGAGUCUAUAAUUACCACAAAUAAUGUCUGCAGUAGUAAUAGUGGUCCUCCUCCUGAGGAUGAUUGCUCAAAUGCUUCUUUGAAGUUGGGUUGUAACAAUGGUCCUGCUGUCGAGGAUGAUUGCUCAAUUACAUCUUUGAAGUUAGGGCUACCAUUCAGCUAACAAACUCAAAGGGAAGCUUUUGUUGAAGAUUGUACUAAUAGUUUUUCGAUGAAGACACUUUAUACAAUGAUGUAGUGGCACAUAAAUUUGCCCCCUUUUUUUUCUUUUCAAAAAACAUAAUGGAAUUGUCGUUGCUUGUAAUAUAUAUGUAUUAUGUAUGUGGACAACUUAAGAAAGGGCAGAUUGUAGAUGAA